AUGUCAAGAAGUGUUGCAGCAAAGCACUUCGGCGCCGCCCUCGGACGCUGGCCCAAGGACCCCCUGCGGCCUGAGAGGCAGCUGCAGGACGUGCUCUCCAAGCGGCUCGAGACUGGUGAGGGCGUCGACUUGCGGCAGGCGAACGCGCUCUACUCGCUACUCGACAACCGCUACAAGAACAGAUACCGCAUCACGGAGGACUAUAUGCUCAAGCCCAAGAGCAAACCGACUUACUACGACGACUUGAUCAAAGACCUCGAUGCUGCCCCGACAAGAACCGUAUGGCACCGGUUAAUGAUGAGGAUUUCGGGCAUGUUCCGCCUACAAUGA